AUGUCGGCAAUGCUUCUCCUACACCAGACGGGCACUGUCAAGAUUGGGGAGGUGGUGCGCUAUACCGUGACAUACCGACCUUCGGCAGACCACAUCCUCCCGUCGCCCGAGUUUCUGUAUCUGCGCAUCAAGAACACAUGCGCCAUCGCCCUCCGCGCCGCCUUUGUCCACGGCCCAUACACGCUCUCUGUUGCCGCCUACCCGUCGACAUUCAACCCGAACGAGAAGUUUGAGAACCCCCGGCGCUAUGGCGUGCCCGAGUUCGAACCCAUGCUCAAGGCCGGCGCCGUGUGGAACUGUCACUUAAUAGUGCCCGACAACAUCCGCCAGACGGCAGGCGAGGGGAGCAGCCAGCAUGGCCAGUUUGGGAACGGGCCGGAACACGAUGGGGAAACCGUGUCCUGGAUUAUCGAGGUUACCUCGCAAGUCAUCUUCUCAACAUCGGCCUCAGUACACUAUGAGAUCUUGCUCGCGCGUGACGAAAAGUCGCUGAACCUCGGUUCCGUGAUACCCGUCGUUCGAGGGCAGGUGCAAGCUCCCCAGCCCGGACACGUUAGCGAUUACCAGCAGAGUAUUGGUGCAGUCAAGAACCACCCGGCGCAGCCGAGAGGCGUCUUUUCCAGGGCCAUCCAUCUCAAAGUGGAAGACACGGCCGCGCUAUGGAAUACCCCACAGCUGCCAGGCUGGGACGACCUGGGGUGGCUCAGGGCUAGAAGUGGCGAGGGCGCCGACGCUCCGGUCGAGCCUGUCAUGGGCAGCGGCAGGCCCGAGGAGUCAAGAAAGAAGAAGCAGAAGCAAAAAAAGGUUCAUUUGGUGGUGCUUACACAUGGCUUGCACAGCAACCUUGGCGCUGAUAUGCUUUUUCUCAAAGAAAGUAUCGAUGCUGGAGUGAAAAAGGCAAAGGCCGAUGCGAAAAAGCGCAAGGCCAAGGAGCGCGCUGCUAAGAAAGGUCAGAUGUCUCAAAACGACAGUCUCUCUACCAGUUCAGCUGCCACGCCGGAUACCGGAACGGGGCGAGAAGUUGGCGAUGAGAACAGCAGCCGACAAGCGGAUGAUAACGGAGCAGAAAACAGCUCGGAUGACGAUGAUGAAGAGGUAAUUGUGCGUGGCUUCCCUGGAAACGCCACCAAGACCGAGAGAGGCAUCAAGUAUCUGGGCAAGCGUCUGGCCCGAUUUGUCCUGUCCAUGACCUACCCAGAUCAGCCGUGCUUGCCCACGGCGAAAGCAGCUUCAGAAGCCAUCGCCCACACGCUAAAGACGGCUGCGCAGAAGAAGGCUGCCGAAGAGGCGCACAAAGAGGCGCAUAAACAUAGCUCUGUCCUCCAUGCCGCGUCACCAGGAGGUGGAGGUGAUAGGUUGUACAAAUUUACCAAGAUCAGCUUUAUUGGGCACUCGCUCGGCGGCUUGGUACAAACAUAUGCUGUUGCCUACAUCCAGAAGCACUCGCCACGCUUCUUCGACCUCAUUGAACCGAUAAACUUCGUUGCCAUGGCCUCGCCAUUUCUGGGUUUGAACCACGAAAACCCCCUCUACGUAAAGUUCGCUCUCGACUUUGGGCUGGUAGGCAGGACAGGCCAAGAUCUCGGCCUGACCUGGAGAGCGCCAACUCUUGCUCGCAACGGAUGGAGCGCUCUCAUGAGCAAUCUCGGAGAAAGCGCCCAUAAGCGUGUGUAUGGGGAGCCGCAACCAGAAUCCAAGCCGCUGCUGAGAAUCCUACCGACCGGUCCAGCCCAUAUAGCGCUUAAGAAGUUCCGUAACAGGACUGUAUAUUCCAACGUGGUCAACGACGGCAUUGUGCCACUCCGGACAAGCUGUCUCCUUUUCCUUGACUGGCAAGGCCUAGGGCGAGUAGAAAAGGCCCGACGGGAGGCAGGCCUUGUGGAAACCGUCGUGGGGUUCGGCUGGGCAGAACUGACGGGGGCAACUGUCACGACCCCUAGGCUCGCUCCCUGGUCGCCAGUGGAGAGGGAAGAGGCGGAUGGUACGGGCAAGUCAACGCCCAACGCUGAGGACGCACACGCGGUACCUCAGCCACCGACCAAUGCCAUACUGGAAGACGACACGCAGAGCCUUAGGUCAAUGACCAGCCCCUACCAAGAAUCGCCUCGGCCUGCCGAGCUGGAGAAUCUCCAGAGCUCAACAACCACCACCGCAAAUCCGUUUUUCGGCUUCUUCAACUUAUUCCGCAGCGAGUCCCCCAAACCGCCACCUACCCAAUCUCCCAAACAGACCAAGAUAUACAAGAGGAGCCAAACCCUGAAACUUGAAGGCGAGGCCGGUCCCGAUUCUGCAACAUCUUCUCAAUCCGGGGUGACCGCCCUUGCGGAUGAAGCAGAGAAUAUGUCAGCACCUCCCAGGACAUCCAUCUUUGAGUCAGCUGGCGACCUCCUCAAUCCCAAACUACCCUCCGUGGAAUACCUCAUCGAUCCGUCCAAGCGUCCCCGGACCAUCUUCCACGACCGCGUCUACCAUCCCUCGGACAUCCCUCCACCGCCACUCAAGGAACGGUCUUCUUCGAGUCCCCUGGCCCUGCGGCGCUUGUCAUACCAGCGCACCCCGCCAACUAACGCAUCAACUCUCAAUACAGCAGCGGCGGCCUCCAGCGAAGGCCACUCACCAAAACCGUCUCCAACCCCCUCCAUCAACCGUAACGAGUCCGCUCUAUCCCAGCAAUCCCAAUCUCCACCCUCCCAGCCGACCCAGACCAAAGGAUCGACCAGCGACGGGUCAACAGUCCACACCCUCCCGACCUCGGAGCCAGAGGCCGAGCCGGAGACACAACAGGCGGGAAUAGUCGACAGCUCGCAGAUGCGCGUCGAGGAGAAGAUUGCGCGCGCCUACCACCGCGGCCUGUCCUGGCGCAAGGUCCUCGUCAAGCUGGAGCCGGACGCGCACAACAAUAUCGUGGUCCGCCGCAUGUUUGCCAACGCCUUUGGCUGGCCCGUGGUGCACCACCUAGUCGAGGCGCACUUUAGCGACGCGGCCACGGCUCGGACCAGGGACGAGGACGAGGUCGGCAACGUUGAGCGGGCUAAAAGCCUCGGCGAGCGCCCCGACGAGACGGGAGGCGAGACCAGACAUGUUGAGGGCGACGGGCAUCAUGAUAAUAAUAACAAAAAGGUAAAGGAGGAGCGGCAGCCCGAUCGGGAGGGAGAAAGGCGUCAGGAUGAUGAUGAAGGAGCCGAGGCGGGCGACACCCUCGGCGAACUGCCCCGCAGUCCUCCACGCCAUCAGACUCCGUCCCUCGAUAGCACGGCAAAUAUGGCUUCGUCGGGGGGCACACCACGGCCGUCCUUGGUUCGGCUCGAUUCGGUCACGUGGAGUGACAGAGACUGGAUGGAUAGUGGAGAUGAGAGUGAUGAUGGCGGCAGUGGGAGGAGUGGGGGGAGGACCUUGAGGAGGGAGGGAGGACCGGAGGGGAGCACGAGUGGUGGUGACGGUGGUUCUGCUGCUGGUCUUGGGAUUCUGGGCGGCGCGAGCGGGGAGCGCAGCUUGAGCCCCCUGUCGUGGAACUGGGCUGAGAAGAUUGUGGGCAAGGGCGCUACCGCUCGGCCGAGGUCUUCGGGCAGUGGGAAGAAAUAG